AUGGCUUUGCGAUUAGGGGAAUUAGUAGGGAACCUUCAUGGUGUCUUGACGGUGGGAGCAGUGGAAAAUCGUCAUCCGCUUGGAGUUUUGACUCCUGCUUUUCCCUUCUUUCCCAUCAACAUUGGUGUCCUUCCCCUGCUUGUCAUCAUGCUCCUCGCAGUACUCGGAGUAUUCAAGCUCUCACCAGUACGGGCCUCCCAAGAACUUCGUUUCUCCAAUCCUAAAGCCUCAACUUGCGAAGAUACGCCUGGCCGCGCACCAUUACCCUUCUACCUCGAGGUACCCUAUCAAUCAGUGGAGGCGCUGAGCGGCACAAAGAUGCACAACAAAGUGCGAAAUGACUUGCGUCUUUGGGGGGCGUUUCCAGGCGUUUGA